CUCAAUCGCUCUAUCAACUUCUCAACAUGCAGUUCGUCGUACUCGCCGCUUUGAUCGCUGUCGCUGCAGCCAACUCCGACUACCUUGGCCAAACUUCUUCAAAUUCAAAUUCCGCUUCCAAUGUUCGGUCUUAUUCACCUUCAACAUACGUGGUCAAAGAAUACCCCGCUCAGCCUUACUCCUUCAACUGGGCCGUCUACGAUGGUUACGGCAACGACUACUCUCACUACGAGAGCAGCGACAGCAAAGUAACCACCGGCACCUACCGCGUCCUCCUUCCCGAUGGCCGUGUUCAAAUUGUAACCUACAAAGCUGAUGACUACGGAUACAAUGCUGAUGUCAAGUACGAAGGCGAAGCCAAGUACCCCGCUCCAGCCCCCUACACCGCACAGGCUUACUCCGCACCUGUAUUCACCUCUCAAGUUGUCACUGCCCCAGCUUUAUCAUCUCGUACUUACUCCGCACCAGUUGUUACCGGUCCUGUUGCUCCUGCUCGCGUUUUAACCACUUCAUCUGUUACCGCUCCGGGAAUUAACUCACGCACGUAUUCCGCACCGGUCUUCGUUUCUUCUGCUGGCCGCACUUCGGGAGCCAACUCUCGUACUUAUUCCGGCCCUGUUCUCACCUCUUCAUCAGUCACGGCUCCAGUCGCUUCCUCCCGCACUUAUUCCUCACCGGUCUUCACUUCUCCUGCGUCCUCAUCUACUGUAUUCACCACGUCUUCGGUCGGUGGUCCUGCCGCAGUUUCCCGCACUUACUCCGCACCAGUUUUUACAUCUGACGAUUCCGCUUUUGGCCGUGUUUCCCAGACCGUCACUGCUCCGGGCACUGGAUCCGUCUACGUGACUUCCGGUAACGUUGCUCGCGAUUACUAA